UUUUGGAAUAUUUGAAUGCCUGGAUUUAAUUCUUUCAGUUCAGAUCCCAAGACGCCUGCCUCCAAGGCCUUCACAGGGUUCAUUGUUGAUGCAGACUCUCCCGGCCUGACCAAGGGACGCAAGGAACUCAACAUGGGCCAGCGCUGCUCCAACACUGCCGGCUUCUCCAUGUCCGACGUGGUGGUGCCCAAGGAAAAUGUUCUCAUUGGUGAGGGUGCUGGUUUCAAAAUUGCCAUGGGUGCCUUUGACCGCACACGUCCCCCAGUGGCUGCAGGGGCUGUGGGUCUGAGCCAGCGGGCCCUGGAUGAAGCCACAAAGUAUGCUCUAGAAAGGAAGACAUUUGGCACUGAAAUUGUGAACCACCAGGCUGUGUCCUUCAUACUUGCUGAGAUGGCGAUGGAGACAGAGUUGGGUCGCCUGGCUUGGAUGCGAUCUGCCUGGGAGGUGGACCAGGGCCGCCGUAACACUUACUAUGCCUCCAUUGCCAAGGGUUUUGCUGGGGAUGCUGCCAACAGAGCUGCUUCUAAUGCUGUCCAGGUGUUUGGAGGUAAUGGCUUCAACACAGAGUAUCUUGAGAAGCUGAUGCGCGAUGCCAAGAUUUACCAGAUCUAUGAAGGAACAGCCCAGAUCCAGCGCCUCAUCAUUGCCCGCGAACACCUGGCCCGCUGCAAGAUGGGUCUGGUCUAAGGGAAGCCUUGGGUGUAGGCCAGUAAGGGUGCAUAAAGGCUGGAGUCUUAUGAUGCCUACCAGAAUGUACUAUUUGUACUAAGCAAUUAUCAAUGCAAUAUAUCUUAGUUACUUUUAAUCUCUUCUUAUAAUUAGCAUCCCAAAGAUGACCAAGAGCUGUAGUGUCUCAAUGGUUCACUGACAGUACAUGAUAGUUAUGACUGGACUAUCUAGCAUUUUGUUAUUACUAAUUAGUAUUUACUCAAUUCUCAAAAUUUCUUACACUUUACGGGAUAUUAACUGUAAAUAACUAAGUAUGAUAGGUGUGUAAAUUCAGAAAAUGGUUUAUAUAUUGAUAAUAAAUGUGUUGAAAUGAG